CUGAGAGGGGCGGAGGACACCUCCCUGGCCUCGGCGGUCAGUUGCGGGCGCGCUUCGCCCCCGGGCGCCCGCGCUCCCCGAUCCCGGCUGCCAGCUGCGGGCUUACAACUUUCUUCUUCUACCCAAACGAUCGUGCCUUUCGCAGGGCUUUGGCUGGCCCUUGGCGUCUUUUGCAUAAAUGACUGGAACAGGCUUUCUUGCAGGGAUGCAUUUGGAGUGAUCUCAGCCCUGCUGAACUAAUGAUGUUGACCAUUGGAGAUGUUAUUAAACAACUGAUUGAAGCCCAUGAACAGGGGAAAGACAUUGAUCUCAAUAAGGUGAAAACCAAGACAGCUGCCAAAUACGGCCUGUCAGCACAGCCCCGCCUGGUGGAUAUCAUUGCUGCAGUCCCACCUCAGUAUCGAAAGGUCUUAGUCCCCAAGUUAAAGGCAAAGCCCAUCAGAACUGCCAGCGGGAUUGCUGUUGUGGCUGUGAUGUGCAAACCCCAUAGAUGUCCACACAUCAGUUUUACAGGAAAUAUAUGUGUAUAUUGUCCUGGUGGACCUGAUUCAGAUUUUGAAUAUUCAACCCAGUCUUAUACUGGAUAUGAGCCAACCUCCAUGCGUGCUAUUCGUGCUAGAUAUGAUCCUUAUCUGCAGACAAGACACCGAAUAGAACAGCUAAAGCAGCUUGGUCACAGUGUGGAUAAAGUGGAGUUUAUUGUGAUGGGUGGAACGUUUAUGGCCCUCCCAGAAGAAUACAGAGAUUAUUUUAUUAGAAAUUUACAUGAUGCCUUAUCAGGACAUACUUCAAACAAUAUUUACGAGGCAGUCAAGUAUUCUGAGAGAAGCCUCACAAAGUGCAUUGGAAUUACCAUUGAGACCAGACCAGAUUAUUGUAUGAAGCGACAUUUAAGUGACAUGCUGACCUAUGGCUGCACAAGGCUGGAGAUUGGGGUGCAGAGUGUCUAUGAAGAUGUCGCCAGAGAUACCAACAGGGGCCACACUGUGAAGGCAGUAUGUGAAUCCUUCCACCUGGCCAAAGAUUCUGGUUUCAAAGUUGUCGCUCAUAUGAUGCCUGAUCUGCCAAAUGUGGGACUAGAGAGAGACAUUGAACAGUUUAUAGAGUUUUUUGAGAACCCAGCUUUUCGCCCUGAUGGUUUGAAACUCUACCCAACCCUGGUGAUUCGUGGAACUGGACUUUAUGAGCUGUGGAAAUCAGGAAGGUAUAAGAGUUACUCUCCUAGUGACCUGAUUGAGUUGGUGGCUCGGAUCCUAGCCCUUGUGCCUCCAUGGACAAGGGUAUACCGUGUGCAAAGAGAUAUUCCAAUGCCCUUAGUCACCUCAGGAGUUGAGCAUGGAAACUUGAGAGAGUUGGCAUUUGCAAGAAUGAAAGACCUUGGAAUACAGUGUCGAGAUGUGAGAACCAGAGAGGUUGGAAUCCAAGAAAUUCACCACAAAGUACGACCAUACCAGGUUGAGUUGGUAAGGAGAGAUUAUGUUGGAAAUGGUGGCUGGGAAACAUUCUUGUCGUAUGAAGACCCAGAUCAAGACAUUUUGAUCGGCCUCCUACGAUUACGAAAGUGUUCUGAAGAAACAUUUCGUUACGAGUUGGUUGGAGGUGUUUCCAUCGUCCGAGAGCUUCAUGUGUAUGGCAGUGUUGUCCCUGUGAGCAGUCGGGAUCCUACCAAAUUUCAGCAUCAGGGCUUUGGCAUGCUGCUGAUGGAAGAAGCAGAAAGAAUAGCAGUAGAAGAACAUGGAUCUGGUAAAAUAGCUGUUAUAUCAGGAGUUGGCACCAGGAACUACUACAGAAAACUAGGUUACCGAUUGCAAGGACCAUACAUGGUAAAGACACUCAGAUAAUGGUCCUGCCUGCCUACCUUGUUGCAGCAUCCACCCGGGCAGAAAACGAGUCAAAACUUCUCAGAGAUUUGUCAGAUCAGCUGAACAAAGCAGUGGACCCAGCUUGUCCCCAUGACUCAAGCCUCACCUUCAGCCUGCACUCGAGACUGAAAAGUGCUUUCAGAACCUAGCUGGGCAUUUGCAGAUCAGACCCUAAGAGCCUGCCUCUUGUGCUGGGGACCUGGUAACACCAUCCUCUCUGUGUCCCCAAAGAAGUUACUUCAGUUUUCCAGGCUUAAGUCGUGUAUCCAGUCUCUCCUUUCUUCAUGAAGUCUGCAAGUGACCUGCUGUGACUCAGACACGGUGACAAAAGCGAAUUAAUCAACUUAUAAUCAGCACCGUACUUCAUGAAAUAGAACUAGCUAUUGUCAUCUGAGGAGUAGGUUAUUUAUAGACUCUAGGGCAGGAAGUCAGGUUGGAACAGAGGGAGAAUUGUCAGGCAUUGAUUCUGACUACAUAUGCAUUCAAACAUGAAUUUUUUUUUUUUUUUUUGAAGGGAAGUCAUUCUGGUUAUUGCUAGUGUUUGAAAUAACUGGAGGGAGAGUGGAGUUGAAUUUGUAGGUUUUUGUGUUUUCAACUUGAAACCAGCCUGUCCCAUUUGGGAGCUUACUGUCCACAGUGUGCCUGGACAAAUAGCCUUUUUUUACAUUUUGUACCCUUUGUAUUUCCCAGUCGUGACAGCUGCAAAAUAGUAUGGGCAGCAUCUGGGCAGCUUGUGUGACCACAGAUCAAGAAUCAUUUCCACAGAUGUUCUCUGCAUUUAUGUUGUUUGGCCUUUGUGUGUUUUUAACCAGCUCAGUUCUGGCUUGUGAUGUGUAGAGAUUAAACCUGGGACAUCAGA